AUGGAGUGCGGAAAGAGCUUCUGUUUCAAUGCAAAACUUAGAACACACCUGCGGACUCACACAGAGAGAAAACGUUUUAAGUGCAGGGAGUGUGGGAAGAACUUCAGUCAGAGUGGAAACCUUAAAUUGCACAAACGGACUCACACAGGGGAGAAACAAUAUGAAUGCCUGGAGUGUGAAAAAAGUUUUCAUGAUAGUGGAAACCUAAGAAGACAUCAACAGACUCACACAGGGGUGAAAUCUUUUAAAUGUAUAGAGUGUGGAAAGAGCUUUAGGGAUAAUGGAAACCUUAGGAACCAUCAACGGACUCACACCGGGGAGAAACCAUUUAAAUGUAUCAAGUGUGGAAAGAGCUUUAGUGGUAAGGGAAGCCUUAGGAACCAUCAACGGACUCACGCAGGGGAGAAACCAUUUAAAUGUAUUGAGUGUGGAAAGAGCUUUAGUGAUAAUGGAAGCCUUAGGAAACAUCAACGGACUCACACAGGGGAGAAACCAUUUAAAUGCAUGGAGUGUGGAAAGGACUUCAGUCAGAGUGGAAACCUUAGGAACCAUCAACGGACUCACACCGGGGAGAAACCAUUUAAAUGUAUCGAGUGUGGAAAGAGCUUUAGUGAUAAUGGAAACCUUAGGAAACAUCAACGGACUCACACAGGGGAGAAACCAUUUAAAUGCAUGGAGUGUGGAAAGGACUUCAGUCUGAGUGGACACCUUAGGAACCAUCAACGGACUCACACAGGGGAGAAACCAUUUAAAUGUAUUGAGUGUGGAAAGAGCUUUAGUGAUAAUGGAAGCCUUAGGAAACAUCAACGGACUCACACAGGGGAGAAACCAUUUAAAUGUAUCGAGUGUGGAAAGAGCUUUAGUGUUAGUGGAAGCCUUAGGAAACAUCAACGGACUCACACAGGGGAGAAACCAUUUAAUUGUAUCAAAUGUGGAAAGAGUUUUAGUAAUAAUGGAAAUCUUAGAACACAUAAACGGACUCACACCGGGGAGAAACCAUUUAAAUGUAUCGAAUGUGGAAAGAGCUUUAGUGGUAAGGGAAGCCUUAGGAACCAUCAACGGACUCACACAGGGGAGAAACCAUUUAAAUGUAUUGAGUGUGGAAAGAGCUUUAGUGAUAAUGGAAGCCUUAGGAACCAUCAACGGACUCACACAGGGGAGAAACCAUUUAAAUGUAUUGAGUGUGGAAAGAGCUUUAGUGAUAAUGGAAGCCUUAGGAAACAUCAACGGACUCACACAGGGGAGAAACCAUUUAAAUGCAUGGAGUGUGGAAAGGACUUCAGUCUGAGUGGACACCUUAGGAACCAUCAACGGACUCACACAGGGGAGAAACCAUUUAAAUGUAUUGAGUGUGGAAAGAGCUUUAGUGAUAAUGGAAGCCUUAGGAAACAUCAACGGACUCACACAGGGGAGAAACCAUUUAAAUGUAUCGAGUGUGGAAAGAGCUUUAGUGUUAGUGGAAGCCUUAGGAAACAUCAACGGACUCACACCGGGGAGAAACCAUUUAAAUGUAUCGAGUGUGGAAAGAGCUUUAGUGAUAAUGGAAGCCUUAGGGAACAUCAACGGACUCACACAGGGGAGAAACCAUUUAAAUGCAUGGAGUGUGGAAAGGACUUCAGUCAGAGUGGAAACCUUAGGAAACAUCAACGGACUCACACCGGGGAGAAACCAUUUAAAUGCAUGGAGUGUGGAAAGAGCUUUAGUGUUAGUGGAAGCCUUAGGAAACAUCAACGGACUCACACCGGGGAGAAACCAUUUAAAUGUAUCGAGUGUGGAAAGAGCUUUAGUGUUAGUGGAAGCCUUAGGAAACAUCAACGGACUCACACAGGGGAGAAACCAUUUAAAUGUAUCGAGUGUGGAAAGAGCUUCAAUCAGAGUGGAAACCUUAGAAAUCAUCAACGGACUCACACAGGGGAGAAACCAUAUAAUUGUAUCGAGUGUGAACUGUCGCCGGAAGACCCCCCCUUCAUUACAUUGUAA